AUGGAUUUGAUUCCGUCUUAUAGAAACAUUCACGAUUUCCUCACAAUGCGCAUCCGUGGAUUAUCAGACUUCGCUGACAUUUCAACGGAAGGUACUAAUACAAAGCGCGACAAGCCGCGAUCGUCAAUUAAUAAUGUUGCUACAGUAAAAUGUAUUUGUUGUUCGGGCGAUCACUUUGUUACUAAGUGCGAAGAAUUUCGCCGAAAGUCGACUGCGCAGCGAAGCGAAAUUGCACGUAAAAGUAAAGUCUGCUUUAAUUGCAUGAAACCGGGACAUAUUUCCCCGAAAUGUACGCACAAACAGCGAUGCAUCCACUGUCGCCGAUCGCAUCAUACAUUGUUGCAUUACGCGAGCGGUCAAGCGUCAGACAUAAAUGAAAGUUCGGCGUCGACCAGGACGAGCAUACCGCCGAUUUCAAAAACGGACUCCUCGCCCGUUUCCGACAAUGCUGCUGUCGCAAGCGUUCAAACGAUUAAACCGCCGAGCAUCGCAUCUCCGACCAUUCUUCUCGCGACCGCGUGGGUUGACGUGCAUACCGCGGAAGGUAGAUCAUUUAAAGUUCGCACGUUGUUGGAUCAAGGAUCCAAUUUUAGUUUUAUUUCGGAAGCAUUGUGCCAAACGAUACGAACCGGAAGGCAGCGAGCCAAUUUGCAAAUUAAAGGAUUUGGUGAGAAAUAUAUCGGUGCUGCGAGAUCACGAAUGUCCUUGCGAUUGACACCGUGCAAGAAAUCGAAUCCCGCGUUUCCGAUUACCGCGUACGUGUUUCAACGAAUCACGUCGUACGCCGCGUCGCGAACUCAGCCUGUUGACUCGUGGCCUCAUUUGCAAGGCCUCUCCUUAGCGGAUCCGGAUCCGUCAAGCAAGUAUCAAAUUCAUAUACUGAUUGGGGCGGACGUUUACGGAUCGCUUUUGAUGCGCGAUUUGCGGCAGGGACCUCUCGGAACUCCCACCGCUCAAUUAACCGCGCUCGGGUGGAUAAUUUCCGGCUCUACUGAAAAAAACAACCAAGCUUCAACGGAAGCAGCCGUGGUAAAUAGCGUCCUCGCCGAGGACAUUAACUCGCUUCUCCAAAAGUUUUGGGAAGACGAGGAAAUUUCGUCGAUUUCUCCUCUCACGGAAGAGGAGGAGAGGUGUGAGCGGCAUUUCGUCGAGACACAUAGUCGUUCCUCCGACGGAAGAUAUAUAGUUCGACUGCCGUUUAAGCACGAUCCACCGAUCGACAUCGGGGAAUCGUUAUCCAUCGUGCGUUCCUUGUAUAACCGCAUGGAAAGAAAAUUACGUAAUCGGUCCGAAAUUUACUCGCAGUAUAAUGAAUUUCUUGCGGAGUACGAAUCUCUCGGACACAUGACUCGAGUGAACGAGUUGGAAAAAACAAAAUUUUUGCCGGUUUAUAUCCCGCACCAUCCAGUGCUGCGGGAAACCAGUUGUACUACGAAGUUGCGCGUAGUUUUCAACGCUUCGUGCAAAAUGCGGAACGCCACGACGUUGAAUGACUAUCUAUUAAUCGGGCCUAAAUUACAGCAGGAUCUUUCUGCUGUUCUUUCACGUUGGCGUAAAUGGCGCCACGUCUAUACGGCGGACAUCGCCAAGAUGUUCUGA